AUGGCUCCGCGCGCGGAAUUCAGCACCGAGCAGAUCCGGGGCAAAGCGCGCAAGGACCUGCUCUACCUGCUCGAGGGUGUCCGCGGCAAGAAGAACCUCGUCUUUGACCGCAGCCUAGUCGGCCCCAUCGGUACAAUCGUCAAGGUUGCCACGCUUCAGGAGUACGGCGUCGACAAGUUCUUCAUCCUCGAGAACAACAACGUGGAUGCGAGCCAGCGCAAUGUCGUCUUCGUCGCCAGAGGGGAAUGCGGCCGGCACGCAGAGGCAAUAGCAGCUCAGAUUAAACGAAUUCAGCGGGAAAGCCAGACGACUCAUGACUUUCACAUAUUCUGGGUGCCGCGGCGUACUCUUGUGUCCGACCAGUUGCUCGAGGAAGCUGGCGUUCUCGGCGAUGUCAACAUAUCCGAGCUGCCGCUGCUCUUCUUCCCGCUCGAAGAUGACGUCCUAUCGCUUGAGCUAGAGGAUUCCUUCAAGGACCUCUACCUGUCCAAGGAUGUCACUCCAAACUUCCUCAUGGCCAAGGCGCUCAUGGAGGUGCAGCAGAACCAUGGUUUGUUUCCGAGAAUCAUUGGCAAAGGCGACAAUGCGAAGCGCGUGGCCGAUCUCCUCGUUCGUAUGCGUCAAGAGCGGCUGGCGGGCGAGGACGGAAGCGACGUCAAGACAGCGCUCACCCCCAGCACGACCAACGAGAGCGUCAUAAUCAUCGAUCGUGAAGUCGACUUUGUCACCCCGUUGCUCACACAGCUGACAUAUGAGGGGCUCAUCGAUGAGAUUUUUGAGAUUCAAAAUAACCAGGCCAAGGUUGACACAACCAUUGUGGGGGCGCCUGCGCAGUCUUCCGCAGCCACCUCACAGAGCAGAAAACGAACGGUUCAGCUCGACUCUAGCGAUAAACUAUACGAGCAGCUGCGGAACGCGAACUUUGCCAUUGUGGGCGGGCUGCUCAACAAGGUCGCGAGGCGCCUGCAAAAGGUCCAAACUGAUUACGAGAGCAAGCAUAAAACCAAGACGAUUGCCGAGCUCAAAGAGUUUGUAAGCCAACUACCCGGCUACCAACAAGAACACCAGAGCGCGAGGAUACACACCGGUCUCGCCGAGGAAAUCAUCAAGCACACGCGGACAGAUCUGUUCAAGGGCCUUCUGGAGGUCCAGCAGAAUCUCGCUGCUGGCGCCGAUCCAUCGUCGCAGUUCGACGGCAUCGAAGAGCUGAUAGCCAGAGAGGCUCCCCUACGAGAAACUCUUCGACUGCUCUGCAUAUACUCGUGCAUAUCUGGGGGGAUUAAGCCCAAGGAUUUGGAGCAGUUCAAGCGUCUGAUACUUCAAGGGUAUGGCUAUCAGCACCUCCUCACGCUCAACAACUUGGAGAAGCUACAGCUAUUCCUAUCGCGCUCAUCUCCACUUGCCGGCAUGAUCCCGAUGACCGGAAAUGCUGGCGCUGAUGGGACCAAAACCAACUACACGUAUUUACGAAAGCAGCUACGGCUGAUUGUCGAUGAAGUACAGGAGGACGAUCCCAACGACAUCGCAUACGUGUAUAGUGGCUAUGCCCCUCUUUCGAUCCGACUUGUACAAUGCAUUCUUCAGAAGCAGUACCUGUUGUCUAUAACGAAGGGCAAUGUCCCAGCGAAUGCCGGCGGCGGCGCCCCUGGGGCAGGAACGCAAGGAUGGCAAGGAUUCGACGAAGCUGUCAAGCAUGUUCGAGGACAGACGUUCUAUGAGCUUCAGAAGGGCGAGGACAAGGCCGUCAAGGCGAGAGCCCUCUUAUCCGGCAGCGGACAUAAGCAGACAGUCUUUGUGGUCUUCAUCGGAGGAGUCACGUUUACAGAGAUUGCCGCGUUGAGAUUUAUCGCGAAGCAAGAAGAAGGUCGGAGAAAUAUAGUCAUCUGUGCGACUUCUAUAAUUAGCGGGAACCGCAUGAUGGACGCGGCAAUCGAGAAAGAAGCAGUUCAAAUACACUCCUUAGCCAGUGAAGCUCCAAACGACUUAUUAUUCCGCUUACAAAAUAGGUAUAUACACCCGCGAGUGAGAGCUACAGACGUUUUUGAUGGCAGACUCCCUCGUCAUAUGAUGCGUCUGCCCAGCGUCAUGCUCCUAGAAAAGGAUGUGCCGAUUGGGCCGAGUUUCUCGCACCCGCAAGACGUCGACUCUUCGUCAAUAUCAAGCCUAGCGCCAGAGCCUGUCACCAAGAGCCAGAGCCAGAGCCAGAGCCAGAGCCAGAUACCGGCGUCGCCCAGCAGCAGUCUAAGCUAUCCCCAGGUAUCGGGGCAAGGCUCGUCGGAUGAGUCUUCAGAGGUCGCACCCGAAAUUGUUGUGUGGACGGAAGAAAUGGAUUUGAGCAGCAGCAGCCUAUCAAGCCACGACCCAGAAGGCUCUUCUGGCAUGCAUCUCGACACGGAUGAUGAGAGGCAUCAGCACGGCGACGAUAGCCCGUUACCAGCCGAACCCACAGACGACGCCAUUGCUGAGUCGUUCUCUUCCUCGCAUUCCUCCCUGACAGAACUCUCAGACGCCUCAUCAUCUCCCUCAAUUGUCUCUAGUAAGGCUACAACACCCGUCGAGACUGAAAUACCUAGCCGCCCACAGAUCACUGGGGUUGCACAAAGUUUUUCGGCCUCAUCGCACCGCCAUGAUAUCGAACGUUUGACCUUCAAUGUUCGGCCGAAGUCAUCAGUCCCCACAGACAUUCCAUCCUACCAAUAUGCCAGCGAGUGCAUCGCUGCGGCCGAAUCAUCGCGGCUAAAUCCGUACGCACUACAUCCUGAAGAGUAUCACUUCCUACGGCACCACAUAUCCCACUCUCAGGUUACGACAUACCUGAAUAUCAGAAACGGCAUAUUACGCAUAUGGAUGAAGCAGCCGUCGGUCAGUGUAACACGGCACGAGGCGGUCGGAUGUGCUAAUGCGCGCUGGUUCGAUGCUGCGAACGUGUGUUACGACUGGCUGGUUCGCCGUGGAUACAUAAACUAUGGCUGCGUGCAGCUUCCUGAACCCCAAACUGAGUCCAGGAAUGAGCCACCUACAAAGAAGCGAAAAACUAUCGCUGUCAUUGGAGCAGGCAUCUCGGGCUUAUCCUGCGCCAGGCAGCUAGAUGGCCUCUUUAAACAGCACGCUGGCCACUUCUACGCAAGAGGAGAAGAGCCACCGAAGGUGAUUGUUCUCGAAGGCAGAGGUCGUGUUGGAGGCAGAGUAUAUUCUCGCGAAUUCAAAACAAGACCAGCCGAAAGUGAAACCGAGUUCAAGGGAAUGAGGCACACCGCCGAAAUGGGUGGCAUGAUUAUCACGGGCUUUGAUCGCGGUAAUCCCUUGAAUGUGAUUGUCCGCGGUCAAUUGGGCAUACCAUAUCAUUCCCUUACUGCUGAGACUACAAUUUACGACAGCAAUGGCAAGCCGGUAGACCCAGUCAGGGAUCUCCUGGUUGAAAAACUCUACAAUGAUUGUUUAGAUCGCGUCAGCGAGUUCAAGUUCAAGUCCCAGUCAUCCAAGCUGAUUGAAGGCAACCGUGACCUAAUCGAUGACGGACGGGAUAGCCCCGGAGAUGGCUCCAAGACGAUAAUGCAAGCCGAAGAGGCCACCGCCGCGCUUCCCGAUGCUCCAUCAGUGUCCCAGCAAAACGUACCCGAGACGGUAAACAUGGUUCCAGUCUCUGCAGACAAGCUGACGGGCCGAGUACAUAACGAGCCUGGAGUUCCUGCGACCAUCAAGGCAUCGGAAAAGGCAAGGCUGAUGGGAUGGAACAUUAGACCGGGGGCGGCAGAAAAGGGCAACCUCGAUUUAACCCCUGCCACAACUCUGGAAGGGUCAACAUUGGGAUCAGUCUUGGACCACGCCAUUACCCAGUACAAGAACAUUGUUGAGUUAAACGCACAAGACCAUCGAUUAAUAAAUUGGCACAUUGCCAAUUUAGAAUAUAGCAAUGCUACAAAUCUGCAUAAUUUGAGCCUCGGCCUGUGGGACAUUGAUGCCGGCAACGAAUGGGAGGGCCACCACACUAUGGUUGUCGGCGGGUAUCAAAGUGUCGCUCGUGGCCUGCUCCAAUGUCCGUCGCCACUCGACAUUACAACCAAGUUCCCCGUGCAGAAAAUCACCUACAACGGCAAGGGUUUUGACGGCCCAGCCAGCAUUGAAAGCGAAGAUGGUACACAAGUGGAAGCCGAUGCUGUCGUCUGCACCAUACCUCUUGGGGUCCUCAAGCAAGGCAAUAUUAAUUUCGAGCCUCCACUACCUUCAGAGAAGGUAGAUGCAGUUGGCCGACUAGGGUUUGGAAUCCUCAACAAGGUUGUCUUGCUUUACGACAAGAUAUUUUGGGAUUCAGACAGACAUAUCUUUGGUGUACUCAGAGAUGCGUCCAACCGUCAUAGCACAUCCCAGCAUGAUUAUAGCACAAACCGGGGACGCUUCUUCCAGUGGUUCAACGUCACCAAUACAACUGGUCUACCCUGCCUAAUCGCACUUAUGGCUGGAGACGCUGGCUUUGAUACAGAGCAUACGAGCAAUGACAGUCUCGUCGCCGAAGCCACGGAGAUUUUGAGGAGCGUCUUCGGUAAAGACGUUCCUUAUCCCAUAGAAACGGUAGUUACGAGAUGGGGUUCUGAUCGGUUUGCCCGAGGCAGCUACUCUUCGGCUGCCCCCAAUAUGCAGCCAGAAGACUACAACGUCAUGGCCCAACCCACAGGCAAUCUAUUUUUCGCUGGUGAGCAUACCAUCGGCACGCACCCGGCGACUGUUCAUGGCGCAUAUCUGUCAGGACUGCGUGCCGCAUCCGAAGUCUUGGAAUCAUUGAUCGGACCCAUCGAGGUCCCGACUCCUCUCGUUCUCCCGCGGGACUCACUUUUGCUGCAUAAACGUAAGGAAGCGGCCAAGGAUCCCCGGCAGGCGCGCUUAGAAGCAUACGAAAUAGAGGUAUGGGAGUACGUCCUCUCCAAGAUUGGCGAGCGACCACUUCGCCCGAACAAGGUCGCCGGCAGUGCCUACAUCUUGUUCAGCAAGGCCCAUUUUGAGGCUGCGAAAAAGAAGUGCGAAGAAAGUCGCAAACCCGGCAAGACACGGUCGCUACCAAAUGAGGUCCGCAUAAUGACAUCUCGUAUGUGGAAAGAGGCCACGCCGGACGAAAGGAAACCAUAUGAAGAGCAGGCCGCUGAGCAGAAGAAGCUCUACCUACAAGCGAUGCAAGAGUACAACGAGCUGGCGGAGAAGUGGGAUCGCAAGGCUAUCACCCUUCGAGCCGCCUACGAACAGGAGCAUCCCAGUUUGCCGGGUCCAGAGGAAGGGCCGGAGGAUGCGUCGAUGAUGCAGAAGCAUCGGCGGGCGAGGAACGUGAGUUAUGCGGAGGGUGGAGAUAGCGACAUGGGAUCAUAA